AUGUCGUUAUCGCGCAAACCCACAGCUGCACACCGCAACAGCUACUACUUGGGAGAAGGCUCUGCCUUUCUCGAUGACUACUCCCCACAAAUCGUCCGUGCUGGUACCUUCAGCCAGAAGAUCGACGGCCUCUUCCGACGUCGAAAGACCAACUGGCACGAUGUCGAACGAAGGUUGGAGCGGAAAUCGAGGCCUUGGAACCCUCUUCUCGACUACCUUUGGGAUCACAGAUAUCCACUCCGUGCCCUUUUGCCCAUCACCGCAGGCCUCCUGGAGCUGAUCCUGGUGCUAUUUCUCUUUGGCACAUACUACACCUUACCUGCUGAUCCGCAUACCGGAGCAAAGCCACCCCGGGUCGCCGAUCUUUACUCUACAUUUCCGUUCAUGAGCUGUGUUGGCUCGAAGAGGCUAUCCGUCUAUCGAGGGCUGACCUUUUGUGUGGUGUUUCUCGGCAUUGCCUCGACUGCCAUCAGCUUCUAUUUCACCCGCGACGACCAAUUGGGUUGGCAGACGCGUCGAGCAGGAUGGCUCGCCAGCGUUGUGGGAGCCGGUCUCAGCAUCUGGCUUGUCUUUGCUGCAGCGACGCCCGACAAGCAACUUCACCUCUUUGUUACUUCGGUGAAAGCGAUCACCGUCUUCUCCAUCAAAUCUACCGGGCUGCUGGUUGACCACUUGGAACGCCGAAAAUAUCCUGUCCUUCGAGAGCUUGCUGUGAUCAAGGUCUUACUGUGGUGGAGAGUUGUAACAUUGGGUAUUGCCUUUCCGCUCGCCGUGAUGACAAAUGUUGCCAUCUUUGGCUGCAGCGAAUCAAACCCGGAAACAAUUCAAACACCCGGGACUACUUGCUACCGUAUCAUGGCACUGGGAGCUCCUGCGGAGUGGCUCUACGCCCUCACCACCGUGUCCUGGAGCCUGGCAAUCGCCUUUGACAUCUAUACAACACCCAUCAUCAGCCAAGCCAAAUCCCAACAGGAUCAGACUGCCACAGAAUUGCUGGAAUCUUCUUCGGUCGGGCAGUGGAGAGGCCAUUCGCAGAGUCAAGAAAGCCUGGCCUCUUUCGCCUCACUCGACAAGGACGAGGACUUUGGUCCCGGCCUGUCGUCACCUGACGAAUUCGACGACAAGGGGGGCAGCAGUACGCAAUACAGGAACCUUGGCAGAAAUCCUAGGAAUCUUCACGGUGAACAUGACUUUGCAAACGAGGACGACUUUGAGGAGGACCUCGGGCUGGCGAUUCGAACAAGAGAUUGGGCUUGA